UGGCCUUUAUUGGACAAAGGAGGAGACUUGCAGGUAAAUACGUGGUCAAAGUAAUAACAUACGCGGUUCAAAACUACAAACCAUUCGUAAAAGUAGCCGUCGAUCAUGAAGUGUUACAAAAUGGAUCGUCUACUAUGAUAUUCCAUGCUGUCGUGUUGAAGGAUCUUGGUGUAUUUGGUGUAAAAAUUCGUUGGUUUUCUUGGAAUGAGACGUUAAAGAAAUACUCUCAGGCCAUCAAUCUUGUUAUGAGAAACAUUUGCGAGAAACAGCUUGCGAAAGAGGUUCUGGCCAUGGUUGAAGGUUUGGGUAGAGAUUGCAAAGUCAAACACGGAGUUUACAAUAUAUCAGUUAUUGAUUUGAAUGUACUAAUGCAUAUAGUAAUGCGUGAUAAAUUCUUCUACGGCAAGUACAGGACAAUCACAGACGUUUUUACGGAGAAGUUCGGCAGAGUUAUGAAAGUGAAUCUUACACUUAGCGUUGAUCCUAUUUAAUUUUAAAUGUGACAAUGAUCCCAAAUCAAUUGUAUAAUAAAUAUGUUUAAGAAUAAUAAA